ACAUCUCUAAAAACUUCAGUUUGGUGUUUAUAUUGUGGGAGUCGUGAGACUUUUUCUCUUCUGUCCAGAAAGAUUCCAGUUGUUUGAGCUUCUGGACCAGAAUCGGGCCAAGUUGGUGUAAAAUGGAGAUGGCAAAAUCACUCUUUGGCACGCGAGACCACGAGGGAUAUGUGAGCAGGGAGGAACAUAUCAAGAAACUCGAUACAGCUGCUUCGGAGGAUGAUGCUGAAUUGGCAGAAGCCACGGAGUCACUCCAUUUGGUUCGCCCAAGUCCCGGAGGUCCAUUUUCUGCACUCACCCCCUCAAUGUGGCCCCAAGACAUUCUCACAAAACUCGGUCAGCCUGAGAGCGACAACGACCAGGGUGACUAUCGAUUUGAUGAGUUUGGCUUUCGCGUGGAAGAGGAAGAUGGUCCGGAACAGAGCUCAAAUAAAUUGCUCAGCAUUCCAUUUAUUGAGGACGAUAAGCAUCGGCUGCAGUGGAUUGCCCAUUUGGAAUUUUCUCACCACAAAGAAGCAACUGAACUCACUUGGGACACUGUGGAUGUUGUCCUGCCACGCACUGAGAAGCUGCGGAAUAUGGUACGUGCAGGGAUUCCGCAUUCUCUGCGGCCACAGAUGUGGAUGCGCUUGUCGGGAGCACUGCAGAAGAAGCUAAAGACCGAAACGAGUUACCAAGAAAUUGUCAAAGUGUCCAGCAAUGAUGCCCUCAUGACAUCGAAGCAAAUUGAGAAGGACUUACUUCGGAUAAUGCCUACCAAUGUGUGCUUCAGCUCACCAUCUGGAACGGGGAUUCCACGUCUUAGGCGUGUACUUCGGGGUAUUGCAUGGCUCUAUCCGGAUAUUGGCUAUUGCCAGGGAACGGGUGUCAUUGCAGCAUCACUCUUACUCUUUAUGGAAGAGGAAGAUGCUUUCUGGAUGAUGGCAACGAUUGUUGAGGACCUCCUCCCAGCUUCAUACUACUCCUCAACAUUGCUGGGCAUUCAGGCUGAUCAGAGGGUCAUGCAAACGCUAAUUGGGAAUUAUCUCAGCACUGUCGAUGAUACCCUAAAAAGUCACGACAUUGAACUUUCCCUAAUCACACUCCAUUGGUUCCUCACCAUCUUCGCCAGUGUGGUCCACAUGAAGAUUCUUCUGCGUGUGUGGGAUUGGUUCUUCUACGAUGGGUCCAUUGUUCUAUUCCAGCUCACCCUCGGGAUGCUCAAGAUUAAGGAACCCAACCUCAAGGAUCUCGAGAAUUCUGCCCAAAUCUUUAAUUCUCUGAGUGACAUUCCUGGGGAUAUUGAUGAUGUUGAGAAUCUCUUUGCAAUUUCCAUGGAGGUAGGAGGAUCACUUAGCCAGACUGUCAUUGAUACCCACAGAAGACGGCACUUGGCCUACCUCAUGGCUGACCAGGGAACACUCGUGGGGAACCCUGAAGCUUCGCCAAACCUUCCAAAGCAGCAAUUAGUCAAGAGACAAGUAAAGAAGAACAAAUCGGUCAUUCAGACUCUGCUGUUUGGCACGGAAAACGGAGAUGAGGAUCUCAAAUCGAAGAAUAUCAAGCAAACGGAGAUUCUUGUGGAUUUACGAGAGGCUAUUCUCAAGGUGGCUCGUCACUUUUUGACCAUUGAACCCAAACUGCAGGCACACAUCAAGCUCGUGGCUGACUACACGAUGGACAGUCACGCCAAGGAUCAUGAGGAUUACAUCAAUGUGUCACGGAAUCGGAAACGACGUGCUAAGGCUCUGCAUGACUUUGAGCGGCAUGACGACGAUGAAUUGGGUUUUCGGCGCAAUGACAUUAUAACCAUUGUGAGUCAGAAGGAUGAACACUGCUGGGUGGGAGAACUCAAUGGGCUUCGAGGGUGGUUCCCGGCCAAAUUCGUUGAGCUUCUCGAUGAAAGAAGCAAACAGUACAGCUCUGCAGGUGACGAUGCCAUCUCCGAGACUGUUACGGAUCUCGUGAGGGGUACCUUUGCUCCUACGAUAAAACAAGUGCUGGAACAUGGGAUGAAGCGGCCAUCAUUUCUCGGUGGUCCCUGCCAUCCGUGGCUUUUCAUUGAGGAAGCAGCAACGCGUGAGGUUGAGAAGGAUUUUGAUUCGGUGUACAGUCGCCUGGUGCUCUGUAAGACAUACCGCUUGGAUGAGGAUGGGAAAGUGCUCACACCUGAAGAAUUGCUCUACAGAUCCGUCCAGUCAAUCAAUCAGAGUCACGACAAUGCCCAUGCACAGAUGGACGUGAAACUUCGUUCGCUCGUUUGCCUCGGACUCAAUGAGCAAGUUCUCCAUCUCUGGCUCGAGGUUCUCUGUAGCUGCGUGGAGAUUGUGCAGAAAUGGUACUACCCGUGGAGUUUUAUUUUCUCACCCGGAUGGGUACAGAUCAAGUGUGAGGUGCGCAUCCUCUCGCAGUUUGCCUUCAAUCUCAAUCCAGACUGGGAAUUGCCAGCCAAAAAGGGUGUUCAGAGUCAACCGUUGAAGGAUGGCGUUCGUGAUAUGCUUGUUAAGCAUCAUCUCUUCUCUUGGGACCUAUAGGAAUGUGCAGAUAUCUAUUUCUUUUUGUUGCAUUUCUUUCGCAGCAUUUUUAAGUGCGCCAUUCUAUUCCAAUGCAGCUCAUCUAAAGAUCUUAUUUACACGAGAAAUCAUGCUAUAUUUUAUGAAGAAAACAAAAUGUAAUUGUAAAUUGUAAUUAAUUUAUUAUUAUAAUCAGUAUAGUAUGUAAAUCUUAAGUGAAAAA